UGUCAUUCAUUCUAAAUAUGUAUAUUUCUAAUGCCAUUUGAGUUCAAUAGGAAGUCUUUUUUUCUCUUUUUAUUUCUAUACUGAGAUAGUGUUAGACAAAAAAAAAUGAAUUUGCAAAUUGGACGUUUAUCGCAGAAAAUGGCAUUGCUAUCGCGAUGUUAUAGUUCAGGUGUUGUCAAACCAAAAACCGGUGUAUUGCUCUUGAAUAUGGGUGGCCCCCAGAAUAUUGAUCAAGUUCGUGAUUAUUUGCAUCGCAUUAUGACCGAUCGUGAUAUGAUCCAAUUGCCAUUCCAAUGGAUGGGUCCAUGGAUUGCAAAACGGCGAACGCCCGAAGUGCAAAAGAAAUACCAGGAAAUUGGUGGCGGUUCACCGAUUCUAAAAUGGACAAAUCUUCAAGGUGAACUAAUGUGCAAAGAACUUGACAAAAUAUCACCGGACACGGCACCGCAUAAGCAUUAUGUUGGUUUUCGAUAUGUCAAUCCAUUGACGGAAAAUACAUUGGAUCAAAUCGAAGAAGAUGCACCGGAACGUGUGGUCAUUUUUUCACAAUAUCCACAGUAUAGUUGUGCAACAUCUGGUUCGAGUUUUAAUUCCAUUUAUCAUCAUUAUCGUCACAGAGAUUUUCCUAAACACAUUAAAUGGAGCGUCAUAGAUCGAUGGGCAACGAAUCCACUGCUUGUUAAAACAUUUGCCGAUAACAUUCGAAAGGAGCUCAACCAAUUUCCAGAAGACCAGCGAAAAGAUGUUAUCAUUCUAUUUUCAGCACAUUCACUGCCGCUUCGAGCAGUCAAUCGCGGAGAUUCAUAUCCAUCAGAGGUUGGAGCAACUGUGGCACUGGUCAUGGACGAAUUGAAAAUGUGCAAUCCAUACAGUUUGGUGUGGCAGUCAAAAGUUGGCCCAUUACCAUGGCUGGAACCAUUCACCGAUGAUGCAAUUAAGGGCUAUGUGAAACAGGGAAAGAAAAAUUUCGUCAUAGUUCCCAUUGCAUUCGUAAAUGAACACAUUGAAACUCUUCACGAACUGGAUAUUGAAUAUUGUCACGAACUUGCUGAAGAGGUUGGUGCCGAAAAAAUUCGAAGAGCAGCAGCACCAAAUGAUCAUCCAUUAUUUAUCAAUGCUCUGUCAGACAUUGUUUCAAAGCAUUUAAAAUCAAACGAAAGAAUUACGGAGAAAUUCACCAUGCGCUGCCCUAAGUGUACCAAUCCACGAUGUGAUGAAAGUAAAAAAUGGUACAAGGCUCUAUUUCGUCAAUAAAACAAAAACAUAGUACAAAAUUAUUUAAAAACAACAAAAAAAUAGGUGCUGGAUAUUAAACAUGGUUUUGCCAUUGUAAAGCAAUUGAGAAUUAUUUAAAAAAAAUAAAAAAUGGUAAUAUUUCAAUGAAAGAA